CACAAAUGGUAGCACAAGUAAUAUAAUUUAUAAUUUACAAAUUGACUAAAAUUGGGAUAGUAGGGCAUUUGAAAGAAUAAACAUAUGUUUCUGUUUAUUAGAAAAAGAAAAAAUCAAAUGUCCAGAACUGCUAACCCUAGACACCCAGCGUCAAGUGCGUGGCCCUGUCCUAAGAGGGCAGAAGUUGGGGUGCCACACCCUAGGCCUGCUGUGGAGCAAAGCCUUGGUGCAUGCUUCUCGCUCUGUCAGCUCAGCUGCAGGCCCCGCCGAGCUGCCCCACGAUCUUCAUUUCUUCCUGCUGGGCAGGGUCAGCCCUGGUGGUGCCCCCGCCCACCUGGAGCAACCCUUCCUCGAAAGUACGAGAACCCUUUGCUCCCACUAGGCCUGUCCUGCGUUGGGUUUGCCAUGUCAUCUGGAAUAAUACUUGAAAUUUUUUUCGUUAAAAAAAAAGUUUUUUAUCUUUUGUUGAAAUCAUAUGUUAUUUUUGUUUGCAAAAUUGUAACUUUUUGCUUCUUCUCAGGAAUAGGAUUUUCAACUGUUGUCUUGCUCUUGAUACAGACUCUGAGAAGCAGCGCUCUGUUUGUGGAAGAGGCCGCCUCCUCCCUGCAUUCUAAUAAACAAGCUGUGUCUGUUUCUCUCCCCUCCACAUUGGUUUGCGUGUCGGCUGCGAUGUGCUGCCCCUUCUGUCACGGUGGGCAGGCUACCGGCGCUGCUAGUGACUGGCUACUGCUCCUGAGAGCCCAGCUGGUAGCCCCGCUCUCGGACGAGCCACAUCGCACCUUCCUGGCCUGCGGGUCCGAGCUGUGA